AAGCACUUCGCUUGCCGCUGGGCGUUCGGACUUCCUUUUGCGCGCCAUGUAGGCCAUGUAGGCCAUGGCUGAGGCCUGGAGCCUCAAGAGCCUCCGCCCGCCGAGCCCCCAGCAGUUCAAGGAGCUGUUGUCCUCCGCGCCAAGUCUCAGAGAAGCCAAGGCUCGGCGCUCGUCUCUCCUGGCGGAAUAUGCUGAAGAUCAUCACAGCCUCAAGGAGGAAUGGGAAGCAAUGCAGCGGAAGCCAGACUUGCAGGACCUCGUCUUGACGCCACCGGCCGUCAGUGCGGAGGAGAUGCUCAACGGAUGGCAGCAGUGUGCAGUGGAAGAUAUGUUGAGGCUCGACGCCGGCGAAUGCCCACUGAAGCUCCACUGGGACGAGCUCUAUCGCGAGGUCGUGGCCUGUGGGACUGCUCCUUUUGGUGGCUUGGCCGACUCUGCCAUGGAGUUUGCACUGCAUAGGUUGCUGCGACGUCAAGGCGCCAUGCGCGUGCAACGGCAGGUGCUUCGGCAAAUUCGCCAAGAUGAAGGUGGAGCUUUGGAUGGAUCCAGUACUGCGCAGAAGCGGCGGAACAGCGGGUUAGCCACCUCGCCGGCACAGAGAGCCUUGCACGCCAUCGACUUGGAACUGGAGUUUGGCACCCAACGCCUCCGGCGGAUUCGAGACGUGCUGGAAGCUUCUCGGUCCACUUCUGGCCGCACGAGUUUGAUGUCGUCCAGUGCAUGGAGAGGCGCCGGCUUUGUCUUGGUCCGGCAAAUGCUGCUGGAGGAAGUUUGCACCAAAGAUUUGCGUCACUUCUUGCUGCAGCUGCAGUAUCUGGGCUUCGCAAGCCGGAGCCGCAUUUGGCGCAAGUCCUUGGAGCAUCGAGCGGUCCUGGAGAUUGCCUGUGAGGGAAGCAGUGGAGGCCGUCAUCGUGUGAUCCCGUCCAACCUCGCGCCCCUUCUUUCGGUGCCCUUGGGGCCCACGAACCGUAAACGGCUGGAACGGGCGCUCCAGGAGUUGGCACAAGGCUUUUCCUUGGGUCAUAUAUCAAUGCAGCCCGACCGCGGCAAGACCUUUGCACACCAGGUGAGUGGUUGGCCGCACUGUCUGGCCCAGAUGCUCCCGAAACGCUUCAAAACCGGAUUGAAGACCCAAGGCCUCAGGACCCGUCCAGGAUUCGGGUCGCGUCUGGGGAACAGCCAUGCGGGCCAUGGUGGUGCAGGCUGGACGAGUGAAAGAACUGCCGUGGGUCGGCGCACCUGAUAUAAACCUGAGAUCAUCCUGCCCUAAGGAUCAUUGGACCCUCCUAUGGAGGGUUUUGACCCUGCAGAACGCAGGGGUUUGGACCCGAACCAAACCUUCACCUUUGAGGGUCCUUAAUCCUUAGGGUGACAUAUGUUUCCGGGAAGGUGGAGAACUUUUGAUCUUUUUGGGACCAGCCUUCACAUUGUCAGUGGAGAACCCCAGCCUUCACGCGUGACUCACGAGUGGUGGCCAUAUCGCUUGUAGCUUGGAGGCCGCGAAUGUGGGGUGGAAGCAGUGGAAAAAGGAAAGCACUCACCGGGACUGACGAACUCCCGAAUUCUUCAGCGGACCCAGCGGAGGACGAGUGUCGUUUCGCUCAGCGUUUCGGACGCCGUUUGACGGUUCUGGAGAUGUGGACGGAGAUGCGACUGUUUGGGGGUUCCG